AUGGCUUCCACACAGGUGCUCCUUCUUCAGCUGCUGCUGUUCUCACUGCCGUCUGAAUCAGCUUACAUGGGGGCAACUGCAGCUUUCUCCUACAAAGGAAGACACCCUAAUGGAACAAUUGCGCUGGAGUUUCGCUACCGGGACACUAUAUAUGACUGUCAGUACUCCAUUGACUGGAAGUGUUACAGGAGCAACUGUGAUACUGUGCAGCAUCGGACAGGCGUAAUUGACAGGAGCACGAACACACUACCCGGUGUCCCUGAAUGGUGUGAAACUGAAAACGUGUUGACAAAACAUCUUCCUGAUGACAAACCUUUCAAUAUGGGAGUUCCUCAGAACUGCUCGCGGUCAUACAGGCUGAUGGCCUUUGAUCCUGAUGGAGACACAGUUAGAUGCAGAUAUGGAAAUACUGAAGAUUCAGAGUGCAGCAUAUGCAACCAACAUUCAGGCUUCCUCUUAGAUGAGGAGUCGUGCACAUUAAACUACCGCUUCGCUGAUGCUGGCCCUAAAGUUUAUGGAUUUGAGUUGAUGGUGGAAGAUUUCCCACGAUACAACAUCACGCUGGCUUACUCAGACGGAUCAUUUUCCUCCAAGUCUCCACUGACUGUGGGGAGAAACAGACGAGCCCCCAACCCAAAUCCAUGGACCACCAUGUCUCCACCUACCACAUUUAGCCGGAGGAAGCAGAAUACAACCAAUGCUCCCACAAUACCAAUAACCCCACUACACAAUGCUAAAGGACCACUGCACAUCUCUGAUUCCCUCAGCAAACUACCUUUGCAGUUCUCUGUUCUGGUGGACCCACCUGCUCCCUCAUGUCAGGAAGGAGAGUAUUUGCCAAUGUUUGUGAAUCCAACACCCCAACAUGGAGAUCACAUCCAUGCAGAGGUCAACAAAGAAGUGGAGAUCAGAGUGAAAGCACGAGCUACAUACUCCACACUAGAUGACAUCAUCAUGAGUGGGCCACUGGGAAUCAGCAAGCACAGGAUCACACAUGAUCAGUUCGUCAUUAGGUGGACACCUGCUCCAGAGGACUUGGGAGAGCAUUAUGCAGUCUGCUUUGCUGUUGAAUCAUUAACAGAGUCCCGCAUCUAUCAGUCUGAGAUGAGAUGUGUUGUGGUCGACGUUAAGAAGGAGCAAGUUAAAUCCAAUGUGAUCUGCGGUGAGUCCACAAUGACAGUAGAGAUUGAGAAAUCAUCCCUGUCUGGACUCCAUGAGGAUAACCUGCAGCUCAGUGAUCCCACCAACGCCGCCUGCAGCCUCGAACGCCACUCAAACAGCACACACGUCAUCGCUGUCAUCCCCCUCAACGCCUGCGGCACUCAGCUCGAGGAGGAUGAUGACAACCUCAUUUUCAAGAAUGAAAUCAUCAUGGUUGACGACCACAGCGACCUGAUCACCAGGAAACACCUGCUGGAAGUGGAGUUCUACUGCCAGUACCCCAAACGGGGAAAUGUGGCACUGGGCUUCACUGCACACAGGACAAAUGUCACAGUGUGGGAGAAGGGUUUCGGCACAUUCACCUACCAGUUUGAGUUCUUCGAAGCCAAUAAUUUCCAAACCAUGAUGGAUCAAAACUCAUACCCUCUGGAGUAUGAUAUAGGGAGCAGGAUCUACAUGGAGAUGGAGGCCUCCUCUUCAGUCAACAACACUGAGCUGUUUGUAGAGUCCUGCUGGGCUGCACCAUAUGACAACUCCAACUACCAGCCAACCUACCCCAUCAUUGAAAAUGGGUGUGAAGUGGACGAGACUGUUGAAAUCUAUUCUCCUGACCAUCAGACACAAUUCAAGUUCAGCAUGGAGGCCUUCAAGUUCAUCGGACUGCAUGACCAGGUGUACAUUAGCUGCUCAGUCAUGAUGUGUGAAGCAGGGAACCCCAACACCAGGUGCUCACAGGGAUGCAUCAACUCCACACGGUCGGGCGAUCACCACCAUCACCAUCGCAAGAGAGAGGCUGUCAUCCAGAGUGCAAACCACUUUAUUUCCCAGGGUCCACUGCGCCUCAGGAGAUCAGCAGAGGGCACAGACCAGACCAACCUGAAUCUGAACCUGAACCUGGUCUUCAUCGCUGGAUGUCUUCUAGCAGCAGUUGGCAUGAUCAGUGCUGCGGUCAUGUACAAAGCCAAAAUGUCAAAGGACAAAUACGAACCUUUGCCUGCAUUUGAAAGCUAG